AAGAAGAGGGGAGAGAGAGAAAAAAAUAACGUUUUUUUUUUGCGGCCAGAAGGGAGGCUAUCCCGUGAUGGAUUGUGGAUGCAAAGAACUUCGACAGACAAGCAGAUAUUUUUCGAAUCGCUUCUGAAGCUGCAUCUUUCUGCACAAGGACGCCGGUGAAGGAUGAUUCUUGGAACCAGCGGCGACAGGAGCGCGAGCGGGGAUGGUGUGAUAUGUCCAUAGACGGCGAGGGAGGGAGGGGAGAGUGCACGGGAAAGAAAGAGGGAGGGAGGAGAGUACUACGCCAGCUAAAUAUGCUUUUUUUUUUUUUUUGUAGAAACACGAUGUAUUACAACCAUCCAAUCGAGCGUUUCACAUAAAUAGAGAAAACGAUUAUUUAUCGAAAGAAAAAUAACAUUUUGGUCCGAACAGAAACGCAAAGUGAAAUUGUUGACAGACGUUGACUGGGGGAAUACAGAUUGAGAGAAGUCUAGGCUAGUCCGAACGGGUGCGGAUAGCAGGGUGGCUGUUUUGACGCUCUGUUACCCACUAUUUCCUGAUACCAGGCCCUGGGAUAAUCCGAAGAGUGCACCGGAUAUUGGGAAAACCACCCCUCUGAGGCUAUAACGGAAAAUUACUAUUCAUAUUGACUGAAGGACGGAGCAGAGAUAGUCUACAUACCAAAAUGAGACAAAAAGAGGUGGAGGAAGAUACAAAUAUGUUACGAUGAUAAGAUUCUUUACAAAUGUCGUUAUUAUGUUAUUAUAAGGAUCACUUAUGACAGCAUCGGGUGUAGGCUAUGAGGUGCAGAAUUGUGUGCAAUCUAGCCGUUAAAUUGAGCUUAUCUGAUGAAGUAGUUUUUGAUAGGCUAUUCCAGCUGCUUACAUCUAUCUGUCUAUACCAAUAUGAACAAUAGGACACAUUUAUUACGUCUAUUGUUAAUAAUAAUUGUAAUUCAUAAUAACUUCCGUUAUUUUGGACUUCUCAAAUAUGCACCUGUCAAAAUCUCCGUACGAGUUUCCCUCUUCCACUUUCUAACGUCCCCUUGUUUCAUUCCUGUUUAGUCAAUUCACGGUCGUUGAUAAUAAACUGAGUUUACCGAAUUUAUAUGACGGAAAAUGUAUGCAAUAGCCGCAUAGAAAAUGGCAAGUGCACGGGAGUAGCCCUGCCGAGACUAUAGGCCACGAUAUUGUCAUCACGACUACAACCGCUCUCUCCAUUCCUCCCUGUGACAACAUCGCUAGGCGUCUGUAAUGUUAUUACCGCGGAGCCGUUCUGCCGCCAGGACCGACAGCUAUACAUUCCUCCUGAAAAAAACUGCGAGUUGAUCUCCUUAUCAUCAUAUCAUUUCGCUUUCAACGCACGGACAUCAUGACAAGCAAGGAGCUGUCCGUAGGCCAGUCGGCCCAAUACGUCGGGCCUUACCGGUUGGAGAAAACCCUUGGGAAGGGGCAGACGGGUUUGGUGAAGCUGGGAGUCCACUGUAUCACGGGACAGAAGGUGGCCAUAAAGAUUGUGAACCGAGAGAAGCUGUCCGAGUCUGUCCUCAUGAAGGUGGAGAGGGAGAUAGCUAUACUAAAACUAAUAGAGCACCCUCAUGUGCUGAAGCUGCAUGACGUUUAUGAGAAUAACAAAUACCUGUAUCUGGUGUUGGAGCAUGUCUCAGGAGGAGAGUUAUUUGACUACCUGGUGAAGAAGGGCAGACUGACGCCUAAAGAGGCCAGGAAGUUCUUCAGACAGAUCAUCUCAGCGCUGGACUUCUGCCACAGCCACUCUAUAUGUCAUAGAGACCUGAAGCCUGAGAACCUGCUCCUGGAUGAGAAGAACAACAUCCGCAUCGCUGACUUCGGCAUGGCUUCCCUACAGGUGGGAGACAGCCUGCUAGAGACCAGCUGUGGAUCUCCUCACUACGCGUGUCCAGAAGUUAUCAGAGGGGAGAAGUAUGACGGUCGCAGGGCAGAUGUGUGGAGCUGCGGAGUCAUCCUCUUUGCACUGCUGGUGGGAGCUCUACCCUUUGACCAUGACAACCUGCGCCAGCUCCUUGAGAAGGUGAAGAGUGGGGUGUUCCACAUGCCCCACUUCAUCCCCCCAGACUGCCAGGCCCUGCUCAAAGGAAUGAUCCAGGUCAACCCUGACAAGAGACUCACGCUAGAAGCCAUACAAAAACACUCCUGGUAUCUUGGUGGUCGUAACGAGCCGUGCCCGGAGCAGCCACCUCCCAGGCGUGUGUGUGUGAAGAGGAUCGUGUCUCUGACCGAGCUGGACCCCGAUGUGCUGGACAGCAUGCACUCGCUGGGCUGCUUCAGAGACCGGGGGAAACUGACCCAGGACCUGCAGUGUGAGGAAGACAACCAGGAGAAGAUGAUCUACUACCUCCUCUUGGACAGGAAAGAGCGUUACCCCAGCUGUGAGGAUGAAGACCUGCCGCCCAGGAACGAUAUAGAUCCCCCGAGGAAGCGGGUGGACUCUCCCAUGCUGACCCGUCAUGGCCGGUGCCGGCCGGAGAGGAAGAGCCUGGAGGUGCUGAGUGUGACGGAGCAGGGCUCCCCAACACCCACGCGCAGGGCGCUGGACACCUCCGCACACAGCCAGAGGUCUCGUUCAGUCAGUGGCGCUUCAACAGGGCUCUCGUCAAGUCCUCUCAGCAGUCCCAGGGUCACCCCUCAGGGGUCUCCACUCCCCACCCCCCUGGGCACCCCCAUCCACCACCCCCAGCACCCCCCGCCCACCCCUCCCUCCUCCUCCUCUUCCUCCUCCUCCUCGCGGGCAGAGGGAGGCGGCGGGGGCGGAUCCCUCUCCCUAACCCCGCCCUCCAGCCCCGGAGGCAGGGGGAUGGCCGCCAGUAGCUCCGCCCACUGGAGGACACGCCUCAACUCCUUCAAGAACAACCUGCUGGGUUCGCCACGCUUCCACCGACGCAAACUGCAGGUUCCAACACCGGAGGACAUGUCCAGUCUAACUCCAGAAUCAAGCCCAGAGCUGGCCAAGAAGUCGUGGUUUGGGAACUUCAUCAGCCUGGAAAAGGAGGAACAGAUAUUUGUUGUCAUUAGAGACAAACCGCUUAGUUCCAUCAAAGCUGAUAUAGUCCACGCCUUCUUGUCUAUCCCGUCUCUGAGUCACAGCGUUGUCUCCCAGACCAGCUUCAGAGCCGAGUAUAAGUCCUCCGGUGGCCCCUCCGUCUUCCAGAAGCCUGUUAAGUUCCAGGUGGACAUCGCCUUCUCUGAAGGAGAGAGGGAGAGAGAGAGGGAGCGUGCCGAGAGGGAAGGAAAGAGGGAAACUGGCAUCUACAGCGUGACGUUCACUCUCAUAUCAGGUCCAAGUCGCAGGUUCAAGAGAGUGGUGGAAACGAUUCAAGCCCAGCUACUUAGUACUCAUGAUCAGCCAUCUGUGCAGGCACUGGCUGAUGAGAAGAAUGGGCAGCUGACCUCGCGUCCGCCCGGCACCCCGACCCGGCAAAACUCCCGACGUUCGGAAGGAGGCGGGGACCGGGGCGAGAAGUGUGAGCGUGGUGACGCAGGGAUAGGGGGCAGCGGGAGCGUGCUUCAGAGGAAGGGCUCGGGCAAAGACAAGACCAGACUCCUUUCCUCCAACGGGACACAGUCUCAGCCCUGAGGGAACAUUGUGGAAACAGACAUCAACAGAACAAGAUAGGGCAGACCGUUAGAGAGGGAUGACAUUAGAGAACAACACAGACAAAACCCCCUCAGACUACCACUAACGCCAUCACCACUACCACCGUCACAUCUACCGAACCACCUGACCCAGCAAUCAUCAUCACAAACCACUGCUUCAACCUGAAACGGGCCCGGCGAGAUAGUUGGCCACCAAGAUAGAAGAAAGAAAAGAGAGGACGAGAGGAAAACGCUGUGUCACUCAUGGACUUGCUUCAGAAGAGAAGCCAAGAUCAGAAAAAUGAAUGUGUACAUGAGUGUACAUUUGAAGUACAACACAUCAUGCAACUGUCAACAACAAUAUGGAGCCAGUAAAAUAAUCAGGAAGACUUAUAUGGGGAAAGGCAGGCUCCGAAUGGUUAAAGGAUAAAUAGAUUUUUUUUUUUAAAGUUAUCCGGUCUACAACCAAUAAGAUGAAAACCUUUGUGGAAUUUCAGAAAUAAUAUCACAAACUAUAACAGCGUUUCCCAGUUGGCGCGGAUCCACUUUUAAGUUUGACCUAACAUCCUUUUG